AAGCUGACUAAACGACUCUGACACAGCUUCUGUCCGAAAGAGCGUGCUAUUAUUAGCUAGAAAUUUUCGAGAAGCCGCUUUUGUUUUGAAUCAGUUUCGAAAUUCAAAAGUUUUUCUUCAACAACAUUUGCUUGACAAACCCAGCGAAGCUCAAGCAUAGAUCUUUGUUUCCAGAACUCAAGGUUUGGUGAUGAUCAUGGUGGUGGAAGAGAAUCAAAUAGUUGAAGAUUUGUUAUCACAGGCACUAGAGCUUGUCCCUACAGCUUUAUCCAAAGCAAGAACAGUCAAAGGCUUCACCACCAGGUGGAGAGUGAUCAUCUCAAGGCUAGAGAAGAUCCCAACAUGUUUAUCAGAUUUAUCAAGCCACCCUUGCUUCUCCAAAAACACUCUCUGCAGAGAACAGCUUCAAACCGUUUUACAAACCUUGAAAGAAACCAUCGAGCUCGUAUGCGUGCAAGAGAAGCAAGAAGAAGGGAAACUCAAGAUGCAGAGCAAUCUCGACUCUCUCUCUUCCAAAAUCGAUCUCUCCUUGAGAGACUGUGGUCUGCUGAUGAAAACAGGCGUCCUAAGCGAAGUCACUCCACAGCCACAACAAGAAGACUCUGAAACGUUCAGCGUUAGAGAGUUGCUUGCUCGUCUUCAGAUAGGUCACUUGGAGUCAAAACGCAAGGCGCUUGAGAUUCUCGUUGAGGUAAUGAAAGACGAUGAAAAAGGUGUUAUAACGUCUCUAGGUAGGACCAAUGUUGCUUCUUUGGUUCAGCUUCUGACAGCAGCUAGUGUAAGAGAGAACGCUGUGACUGUGAUCUGCUCAUUAGCUGAAUCAGGAGGAUGCGAGAACUGGCUUGUCUCAGAGAACGCAUUGCCUCCGUUGAUAAGACUUCUCGAAUCAGGAAGUUCAUUAGCUAAAGAGAAAGCUGUUAUCUCCUUACAGAGAUUAUCAUUUUCAUCGGAGACGUCACGUGCCAUCGUUGGCCACGGAGGAGUUAGUCCUUUAAUAGAGAUUUGCAAAACAGGGGACUCUGUUUCUCAAGCUGCUUCAACUUGUACUCUAAAAAACAUCUCCUCUGUUCCUGAAGUGAGACUAAACCUUGCGGAAGAAGGUAUCGUUAAAGUUAUGAUCAAUAUACUCAGCUGUGGGAUCCUUUUGGGGUCUAAAGAAUACGCAGCUGAGUGUCUUCAGAAUCUUACUGCAAGCAACGAAGCUCUUAGAAGAUUGGUUGUGUCAGAGAACGGUGUUCAAACUCUUCUCGCUUACUUAGACGGACCACUCCCUCAAGAAUCAGGAGUUGCAGCGAUACGUAACCUAGUUGGUUCUGUUUCUACCGAGAGUUAUGAGAAGAUAGUCUCGAGUUUGGUUCAUGUUCUCAAAGCAGGAUCAGUGGGAGCUCAACAAGCGGCUGCGUCUACUAUCUGCAGGAUGGCUACUACAUCGAACGAGACGAAGAGAAUGAUCGGUGAGGCAGGUUGUAUCUCUUUGUUGGUGAGAAUGCUUGAAGCGAAAGGAGGUGGAGCUAGAGAGGUUGCUGCUCAAGCGUUAGCGAGUCUUGUCACGGUUCCAAGGAAUUGUAGAGAGGUGAAGAGAGAUGAGAAGAGUGUGAUGAGUCUUGUCAUGUUGCUUGAGCCUAGUCCGAGUAAUUCGGCUAAGAAGUAUGCUGUUUCGUGUUUGGCGGGUUUGUGUUCGAGCAGGAAGUGUAGGAAGCUGAUGGUGGCUCAUGGAGCUGUUGGUUAUUUGAAGAAGUUGGUGGAGAUGGAGGUUCCUGGUUCUAAGAAGCUUCUUGAGAGGAUUGAGAAAGGGAAGUUGAAAAGUUUCUUUAGUAGAAAAUGAAGGCAGAUCUUAUAUAAUGUAGUAUAUUAUUAUAUAUUGUGUAUGUUGUAAUGUUUCAUAACCUGUAUGAAACUUGAGACAAAUGGUAUUGAUCAAGAAGAAUG